AUGGAACCGAAGAAGGAUGAACCUAAGCCAAAAGAAAUUCCAAAUAUUAUAAUUGAUCCUUUUAAAGGAAAAAAAUACCAAUUAGGGAAAUUUUUAGGAAGGGGAGGAUUCGCUAAAUGUUAUGAAAUUAUUGAUGACGAAAAUAAUAUUUUUGCUUGUAAAAUAGUUCCCAAACAACUUUUGACGAAAAAACAUCAAAAAGAAAAGAUGGUACAAGAAAUCGCAAUACAUAAAUCUUUGCGACACAAACAUAUAGUUGAAUUUUAUGACAAUUUUGAAAAUAAAGACUUUGUUUUUAUUGUGCUGGAAUUAUGUCGUCGUCGGUCUUUAAUGGAACUUCACAAAAGAAGAAAAUGUGUUAGUGAACCAGAGGCAAGAUAUUUUUGCAAACAAAUAAUACUUGCUUGUCAAUAUUUGCAUGAUAAUAAAAUUAUACAUAGAGAUUUGAAAUUAGGAAAUUUAUUUUUGAAUGAAGAUUUGGAAAUAAAAAUUGGUGAUUUUGGAUUAGCAACACGCAUUGAUAAAGAUGGGGACAGAAAAUUAACAUUAUGUGGUACACCCAAUUACAUAGCACCAGAAGUUCUCUCCAAAAAGGGACAUAGUUUUGAAGUUGAUGCAUGGUCAUUAGGAUGUAUAGUUUAUACACUCAUAGUUGGUCGGCCACCCUUUGAAACUGGUACCUUAAAAGAAACCUACCACAGAAUAAGAGCUAACGAAUAUGUCGUACCUUUGGAUGUCACUAGUCCAGCCAAAGACUUAAUAAUAGCCUUGCUCAGAUCUGACCCCUCUAAAAGACCCAAAAUGUGCGACGUUCUAAAUAUGGAGUUCUUUAAAGAUUACAUACCUGAUAUAUUACCAAUUUCUUGUUUAAGUACGGCACCUCGAUUCAGUAUAGCCUAUCUAAAUUUCAAAAAACCUCUUAAUGAAUUAGAUAUGAAUUAUCAACACACAAAUAUAAGGAACCAGGAGCAAAUGAAGAACGAUGAUAUGAUUAUUAAGAAUGACAAUCUCAAUAACAAUAAUCAAUGCGUUUUACCUUUUAAUGGUCACAAAGCUGAUGAGCCUAAGGACUGUUAUUUCGCUGAUUUAGGCAGUCAACUCAAAGUACUCUUCCAAUGCAAACCAUGGAAAAAUCCUCAAAUAGUGCAAGAAGACGCAGAGCAUCCAGCCUCCAUUCCCAUAUUUUGGGUAAGCAAAUGGGUCGAUUACACGGACAAAUAUGGCUUAGGUUACCAACUCUCUGAUGGUUCGGUUGGGAUUCUUUACAACGAUAAUUCCCGGCUCUUGCUAUACGAGGAUUUAGAGACUCUUGAAUACAUCGAUAAAAAGGGACAAGAAGAAUAUUUUACAUUCCAUAACUAUCCUGAACAUUUGAAAAAAAAGGCUACAAUACUAAAUUACUUCCAGCAAUAUAUGAACGAAAAUUUGAUAAAGACCGGUGCAAGUAUGGCCAUUAAGAAGCGGGACGAUAUAUCCAGACUCCCAUUUUUAAGGGUAUGGCACAGAACCGAAAACGCAAUAUUUUUCCAUUUGACAAAUGGUACAUUGCAAGUCAACUUUUUCUCCGACCACACAAAACUGAUCGUUUGUCCAUUGAUGCAAGCGGUAUCGUAUAUUGACAAGGACAAAAAUUUUACGACUUACAAAUUUUCUCUUUUGAAAGUUCAUGGCAUGACCCGGGAAUUGGCUAAAAGGUUAAUUGUCGCCGAAAAUUAUAUAGCCAAAGUGUUAUCUCAAUAA